AUGCACGCACUUUUAGUUGCUUCUCAGUUCAUGCAAUCUCCAAGUGGGUAUCAUCUUGGAGCAGUUAAAAGAAUACCGAGGUAUGUUAAUGGAACAAUUGGUUAUGGUAUUUGUUAUGAUAUGAAUGAUAAUUUUAGACUAGCCGGCUACUCAGACAGUGAUUGGGGUGGAUCACAAGACGAUCAGAAGAGUACAACUGGGUGGGUGUUUGCAUUUGGUUCCGGUGCAAUUGCAUGGUGCUCUAAGAAGCAACCAAUCACUGCCUUAUCUAGUACUGAAGCUGAAUAUAUUUCAGCUCGUGAGGCAGUUUGGUUGUGCCGGCUAUUAGAAGAUCUGAGUGAGAGGCAAGACUUUGCAACUAUCAUCCUUUGUGCUAACCGGUCAGCUAUUUCAAUCUCUAAGAACCCAGCUCUUCAUGGAUGA